UGUAUAAAUGACUGUGAUUUCUGUGGUAAAGCAACAGCGUCGACACCUGUUUAGCUUACCAAACCUAUUGAGCACAGGGAAGCAUUACUCUGAAAGAAAGCUACUAAACUUUUCGCAGAACCAACUUUAUAAUGUUGUCGCCAAUGUAGAAGACUAUCAUCUCUUUGUCCCAUUCUGCACUCAUUCUCAUGUAUACACGAAUACUAAAAUCAGUGACAACAAGUUUCUGUUGAAAGCUGAAUUAGGGGUUGGCUUCAAAUUGUUUAAAGAAAAAUACAUGUCCAGGGUGACAUGUGAGAGACCCAAUUUGGUCAAGGCAGUAGCUGCGGAUGGUACAUUAUUUAAUGAUAUGAUAACCACAUGGAAAUUUACACCCAAUGUGCCCAGCACAAAACUGAAUACCCCUGAAGCGGCUGAUCAUCCAACAUGUUGGGUCGAUUUUAGUAUCUCAUUUGAUUUUACAUCACCUAUUCAUGCUCAAGCCUCGUCCAUGUUCUUUGACCAGGUGUCAAAAAUGACACUGAAAGCUUUUAUUGAUAGAUGUCAAGUUGUGUAUAAAAAAUAGAUCUUGAUUAGAUAUACUACAUAUAAGCACACCAUCAAUCCAUAGAUUGAUAAAAUAUAGAUAUAAAAAAUGUGUAAAGUACGUAGAUGAUUAACAUAGAGUGUGCUGUGUGCCUUUCAAAAAUAAAUAACCCGCUUUAAAUGUGACUGGCUUGAUGCCGUCAUGACCUUCUAAUGUACACGUACACAAUCUGCGCGUCCCUUUUUCUCUCUCUCUUUUUUUU